AUGGAGCUCCUCAAACUCACGUACGCUGUUGGAAAGCUUCAAAGCUUGGUUGAUGAACGACACCGGUUGGUCACCAUCUUGCACAUGAAAGCAUCUGUCAACGACACAGUGAAUUUGAAGAAACAGUUGAAUGCUACGCUGGAAUUGUUGAAUGACACGGAAACGGAGUUAGCACAAAGUGAGGAGCCGCAAUUUGAGGAGAUGGCCACUCUGUAUAAUGCGCUGGUCGCGAAGAUACCGGACGACGCGGUGGAUAAGGGCUUAUACAAGUUCACCCCGGUGGGGAGGGCGAGACCCGGGACGGAGACCAAAAAAGUGCGUUUCAAGGAUGACUUGUUGGAGUUUCAGGAACACCCGCAGGACCAGCAGCCGGAGUUCGAACCCUACACGGACGACGUACCGCAACAGGAACAGGAAAGAACCAGGUUGUUCGCAAGCAACGGUGUGCACUCACAGGGUGGGCUCAGCGUGGUUCCGCAACUGUCGAACCAGGACCUUUUCAUACAGCAACAGCAGCAGCUUUUGGAGCAGGACUCCCAUUUGCAAGACUUGUCGCACUCGGUACACCGGGGCCACACGCUGUCAUUGGACAUCAACCACGAAAUGACGGAUCAAAACGAAAGCGUCCUGAGAGAUUUGGAGAGCUUGGUGGAUAAUAGUGGUAGAAAUCUGGACAGAGCGAAGAAGCGACUGCAGAUCUAUGAGAAAACGGCGCGCGAAAACGGACCUUGUCUGAUCAUCGUGAUACUGUCUCUCAUCCUGAUAGUACUGCUGAUAGCCCUAUGA